UCCGUCGACUCUAUCACUGGUCCCCUGUUUGUUCCCUUUCGGUUGCCACCCUCCCUUUUCUGUUGCUCCGCUCCCCCGCAUCCACCUUUCUUGUGCUUCUGCGAACACUGUAUGUGCACAGCAGACCUAUUAGAAUUGCCCUGCCGGCUGUCCGAGUGGUCUUCGAGGCGAAUGGCAACACCUCCUGAGAUGCCUGCCUCUGUCGAUGGAUGGAUAUGCACUGAGAGUGGUUGGUGA